AUGAAAUAUUUUCUUGCUCUAUUAUUUAUUGCCAUCACCUAAGCUGGAAAUUGUGGAUAAACAUGUUGUUAAGAUUUACCAACUAGACCUUCAAUGACAUUCUAUUAUUACAUCAAUACAGGAAGAUUCUUUGGAGGAAGUGGAGAUUCAGCUAUUAAUACUUUUGGUUAUUCUGGAGCUGGAAAAGUAUACAAUCUAUAUUCUAAAUUAGUAUAGAAAUGAUCCUGCAGCCUAAUGUUUAAAGAACUAAGGACCAGCACCUUCAAAUACAUAUACUAUAAAAACUUGUUAAAAUACUAUGCAUAAUCCUCCAGUUGAUAGACCUUGUUCUUUUUGGAUAGAUGGUAAUGAUUCAGAUAGAAUGUGUGGCAGAACAGAAAUCAUGAUUCAUGGAUGUGCUUGUUGCACACCAAGUGAUUGGAGUGUACCACCCAUUGAUGGAUGUUCUGCAGGGUUAUCAUUAAAUACUAAUUUAGAUGUAUUAUCAUUAAUGAAGAGAACAGAAAAAAACUAAGAGUUGGAGAUACUCUUAUUGUUUAAGAUUAUGAUCCAUUAGGUGAUAGUAUUUAAUUAAAUGACAUCAUCAUGGAAUAAGAAAUUAUGUAUGAAUGAAUUAUUCAUCUACAAUAAUAAUAAUCCUAAUUAACUUUUGAUAGC